AUGCCGUCUCGUGUCGUUCACGCCAAAGAUCCGGCUCUAACACAUCACUACUUCACUGGUAAGCCACCAAUAAGGCUUGUGAACGGCGCUGACCGAUGCUCUGGUCGAGUGGAGAUUCUGCAUGAAGGCCAGUGGGGAACAGUGUGUGAUGAUGAAUGGGACUUCAGAGAUGCUGCGGUGGUGUGCAGAGCCAUGGACUGUGGACCACCCAACACAGCCAAAUCUAAGACCUUCUUUGGUGAAGGCCAAGGAGCGAUCUGGCUUGAUAAUGUCAACUGUUUGGGUAAUGAGACGUCCCUUGGGCACUGCAGGCAUCGACCAUUUGGAGUACAUAACUGUGGUCACGGUGAAGAUGCAGGAGUUAUUUGUUCAGGAAGCUUGGCAGUCCGGUUGGUUAACAGUACUCAUGAGUGCUCUGGAAGAGUGGAGGUCCGUCAUGGCGAGCAGUGGCACACAGUAUGUGACAUGGACUGGACUCUAAGUAAAGCUCAAGUGGUGUGCGAGACGCUGGAGUGUGGACGUGCCAUGAAUGUUCCUGGUGCUGCUUUUUACGGCCGUGGCAGUGGACCAGUGAACAAGUCCGGUUGGUGGGUGGCUCAGGUGAAUGCUCCGGCAGAGUGGAGGUCUUCUAUAAAGGAGAGUGGGGAACUGUGUGUGAUGACGAUUGGGAAAUGA